GCCGACGAACAAAAACCGGAAGUUAUUGCAAGAGGUCAAGGUCAUUAAUUAUGAAUGGCAACUUUACGAAACCUGACUCGACCAGGGACAAUAUUUUGCCGAGUAUUUAGGCAAAUUAAGAGAGAAAGUAAUUUAGAUAAAACUGCAGUUUUAGCCUGCUACCCAACAAUACCAUGUUUCAGCCAUGAUGAUAUAUGCCUCACACAACAAAGAUGUUUGUUUCAACUACCAAAGUUACCAGGCACCUCCACUAACAAGAGGAAAGACUAUUCAGAGAGGAGACUGCUAGGGUAUUCCAUGGAACAGAUGUAUGAGAUUGUUGCUGAUGUUGAAAAGUAUACAGAAUUUGUUCCUUGGUGUACCCAGUCAACAGUAUUCAACAGUAAACCAGGAAGUUUUAAAUGCAAGAUGGAAGUAGGGUUUCCUCCCUUGAGUGAAAAAUACACUUCCUGUGUUACAGUUGCUAAACCAAACCUUGUAAAGUCUGAGUGUACUGAUGGUAGAUUGUUUAAUCAUUUACUAACAAUAUGGCAGUUUAGUCCUGGCGUACCUGAUAUUCCCAAUACCUGUGUACUAGAUUUCUCUGUGUCAUUUGAGUUUAGACAUGCUCUACACUCUCAGUUAUCUGCAGUUUUCUUUGAUACAGUUGUGAAAGAGAUGGUGAACUCUUUUCUUAAACGAGCUAAGCAAAAAUUUGGAGCUCCAUCUAUACGAGCUCAAAAACCCAAAGUCCUAAUCUACAAUAGUUAAUGAAGGCUGAACUUAGAUAACUUGGAAUGAUAUGAUCAAUAAUAAUGUACCAGUGAAUGCCAAGAAAUUGUGAUACUUGUAUUUGUUGUUAUUUGUACUACAAUAUUUUAAUAUUGAAUUAAAACUUGAUUAAGAUAUUUAGUGAUAUAACAUUAUAUAGAUAUUUAUUGAAAUUUUAUAAUUUUGAAAAUAGAUUGACCCUGCUUUUUAACAUAUUCUUGUAAAGAGAUGUAUUGUCACAGAGAUGAUUUUUUUUUUUAUUUCUAGGAAUAUACAUGUUAAAAGCAUUGUUUUAUUUUUGGUAUAAUUCAUAGGGUGGUGUCUUUUUACAAAGGAAUAUGCCACUUGUUUUUAAAAGGAACAUGAGAUCAGCCCUUAUCUAAUUUUAGAGAAAAUUACUUCUUAAAUUAUCUUUAUUGUAGUAUGCAGGUAUUUAUCAUUGUUUGAUCUUCCUAUACAUGCUAUAAGCAAUCUGCCCUAGAAUCAAUCUUUGGUGUUCAUGUGAUGUUAAUCCUGUCUUUCUUUCUAAAUAUAUAUAUGUUGACCAUUAAAUGUAGGUGUAACAUUUGUUUUUGAUAUAUUGAAUAUGAUAUACAUUGUAAAUCAAUAAGUAAAGUAUCCAAUUAAUAUUUUAUAGAAACAAAUAUUUUUUUAAUAACAAUAAUGCAGAAAAAAACAAACAUUUUUAUUAAUGAACACAUCAUUAAAGAGGUUUAUUUGACAGGUUUUAGAAUAAGAUAUAUUGCAUUUCUACUUUAAAAGUAUUUAACAUAAACAAUAACCAUUGUAACCAAGGAUUAGAACUAUUAUAAUGACAUCCUUCAUGGAAUGCUCAGGUUUUGAUUGUUAUUUUAAGAAGGGUUAUGUGGAAAAAUAAAACAAAUUACCUGAUUUCUAAAGAUCUUUUUAUAGUAACAAAACUAUUUUUCCACCUCUCACAUGUGCAUUUGCUUAGAACCAUGUUGAUAUUGUUUUUAGGUUUCCUUGAUUUUUAUUGGACCUUCAAAGGAUAGUUAAGAAUAUAACUGAAAUAAUUGUGUGUGAAUACUGUUAUAUUUUUCCAUUCAUGAAACAAUUCAUUAUUACAGAACACAUACUAGAUAGUAACUACUUAUCUUGAAGAGAUGCACCCUGUUCCGUGUUUAUUAAAUGGUGAAUUCAUUAAUGGAAUGUAUAGUUAAAAAUUACAAAAGCAACUGCAUUGAUGUCUGUGUCAUGGCUUUAAGAAUUAAGAUUUCAAUGAAAAUGAUUUCAGUUUCUAGUAUAUGUUAAUAUAUUAUUUAUUUUCAUUAAUUUGGAAGACGGUUGUUGAACAGAUUGUCAUUGGUGCUUUAAAAAAGUUCUGUACUGUAGUUGUUUUUUUGUCACUUCAUCAAUUGAUAUGAAAGUAACAGCAGCUUUGUUUUGUUUAAGUUUUAUUAAAUUUGAUAAACUGUAUAUCAACUGAGA